AUGGCGCUCCUACUCACCGCUCUGCGCGUCCUGCUGGGUGGCUUCUUCGCGCUCACGGGGGCGGCCAAGCUCUCCGAGCAGAUCUCGGCUCCUGCGUCGCAGCAGAUGAAAGCUCUGUUCGUCCAGUUCGCUGAGGUGUUCCCGUUGAAGGUGUUCGGCUACCAGCCAGAUCCCAUGACCUAUCAAGUGGCUGUGGGCUGGCUGGAACUGCUGGCGGGGUUGCUGCUGGUCCUGGGCCCACGGAUACUGCAAGAGAUCAGUAACUUUCUUUUGAUUGUGCUCAUGAUGGGGGCUAUCUUCUCUUUGGUGUGUCUGAAAGAGUCACUGAACACUUGCAUCCCAGCUAUCGUCUGCCUGGCACUCCUGCUUCUGCUGGAUAUCUGCCAGUUCUUAGUCCCAACUAAGAAGAAGGUGGUCAGACCUACUAGGAAGAAGACUCCAAGUACAUUCAAGGAAUCCUGAGAGUAGCGUAUCUCUUGCCUCUCUGCCAUGUCACUGUCACAGCAAGAACAUUGUGGAACACACAGAAUAUACCACCUUGUUACCAAUACAAUAUGUCCAGGCUAAAAAUAUGAUGAAGUAGACAUCUUGUCUACCUGGCCCUGCUCUCUCUCUUGGACAUUUACUGUUAUUUUUGGACAUUUACU